AUGGAUCAAACGGAUGUUGCCUGUGACAAUUUGGAUGAAAAUGAAGAUGGUGAAAUCAAAAAAGCCGUGGAUCAAACGGAUGCUGCCUGUGACAAUAUGGAUGAAAAUGAAGAUGGUGAAAUCAAAGAACCCGUGGAUCAAACAGAUGCCGCUCGAGAAUAUAAAACAGACGCUGCCUGGGAUGAUGAGUAUGAAGAAGACUGCUCACGCUCUGAUUGGUACAGGUCGGUCGAGGUAAACACCACUCUGUAUCAAACCCAGUCAGACCUGUACGCUGUUCAAACUCCGUCACAGCCAGCCACCUACAGUGACACAUCAGACCUCUUGGCCAACUCUCUCGUCAACACCAUGAACGCUGCGUUUUCUCUCCUGUUUCUUUGUGGUUGUGUGGGCGUUUCCCUUUGCCAAACGUCUUGCACCGAACAAGCUCGUUUGCAGACAUGUACCACCGCUUUCAAUAAUGCGGUUAAGAAUGCUGGUGGGAACUUUCAAUAUAGUUGCGAUUCUGCGGAGACAUUAUUAACUUGUUUUUCUGGACAAGAAGGCUGCCUACUAACAUAUGGCAAUGACAUACAAAACGCGAAGUACCAGGCUGAAAAUAUCAGGAUGAAUCCACCAUGCAGUCAGGUAAUUGCUUCAACCAGUACUGCUGCUGCUGUGUAUAUGCCGAUACUGUUGCUUGCUGUCCUCGUCUGUUACCUUGUGUAGAGACCCGUCGUCAAUUGGUGUAGUUUAGAGUUAAUAUUAGAGAUCGAUCAUUCCAACAGACAGGCAACCGGCUCCUUUCGUCGUCCAUUGUCACAUCUAAGUAGCUACUUGCUGUGUGCAACAAACUGUUCUGGCUUCAUGGUACUCCCCACCCUUAUUUUUAAUGAGCACUUUGAAACAACAUAAGACAGGAUUACAUGAAGUACAUGAAUAUGAAUAUGAAUAUCAAUCACAUGCUGGUUUUUUCAGUGUGUCAUUAGUGGUAACAAAAGAGAUGUUUAAAAUUAGAAUAUAUAAAUCGUCUGUUCUGCGUUUUUAAAAUGUCCCUUUUCCAUAGCUUACAUGAUGCUUAUAAAUAGUGACAAGUGACCUGGUUUGUUCACUACAAUGAAAAACAUGUUAUCAAAAUUGUGCUUUCAGGAGGUUUUUAAGAAUAGGACCACGUAUUAACUCUAAAGAAAAAUGUAUAUUUAAUAAACAGACCCGUAUUGCGUGCGGGCUGUUACGAUGUAAUUUGUUAAACGUUUUGAAAUAAAUUUAUAUUCUUUUA